AUGCUUGCCGCAAGGUUAUUGAGGACCAGAGGGCUUAAUAGCCCUUCCGCAAGCUAUGUGGCCAGGGGAAUAUCAUCGACUUUGAAAAACAGGUUUCGCCUAACCACAGCUAUUCAAAGAUCCUUUCAUGCUCUGUCACAACAACUAAAUGCCUCUGAUCGUAAUCAUGAUCCAGAGGAGGCUAAGAAGUUUAAGAAAAUGUUUGAAGAAUUUAGAAAGCAGGAAACUGAUCCUGAGGCUAAACAGGAAUUGGAUAAAUUGAUCAAAUUACUCGAGGACAAGCAAACCACAGAGAAGCAGGAUACAAAUUCCACAGAUCAGGAGAAGGUGGUAAAUGAUUUGUUGAAUCAAUAUAAAAGUGGCACUUAUGAUAGUACAAUUGCUCCCAAAUUCGUGAAAGACAUGGCAAUAAAUUUGAGAAACAGAUUAAAAGAUGAUACAUUAAGGGCUAAGGCUGAUAAGUUGCUUUAUGAAAUGGCUGAGGCGGAAAAGCAAACCUCAAAGUUAAUAAGGGAGAAAAACGCUGAGCAUGAUCAGAAAUUGGAGAAAUCUAAAAAUGCCGAUAUCGAUGAUGAGCAUAUGAAGAAACAAGAAACUCGCAAAGAUGAAGAAGAGCAAUUGAGGCAAGAGUUGGAGAAAAAAAUCAAGGAGCAGGAUGAGGAAAUCAUGAGAAACUUGGAGAAAUUGAAAAAUGCAGAGCACGUACUGGAUAAGAAACAGGAUGAUAAAAAACAGAAAACUGUCAGCAAAUCACCUAUAAAGAUUGGUUUUGAAUUUGAAAGCAAUAAUAACGGUUCCAAGGACAACAAUAAACAAGGUCCUAGUAAGAAUGAUCCAAAUGUGUUUCAAUUCAGAAUUACAAUGUUUGAUGUUCUUGUGACUGUUGGUUUGAUUUAUUUUUUCUCUUCUUCUUCCAGUGAUGGAUAUUCCAAGGAAAUCAGUUACCAAGAGUUCAGAAGAGAUUUACUUGGUAAAGGCUUCGUGAAAAGUAUAAGCGUUGUGAACAAGAGCACUGCUAAAGUUAUUCUUAAUGAAAAUGGUAAACAACAGUUGAAUAAUCAAUCUUAUCAUUUCAAUAUUGGUUCUGUGGAAAGUUUUGAACACAACCUCCACAAGGAUGAAAAAGAGUUGACUAUUGCUGAUGAUGCUAUGAUUCCGGUUUCAUAUGUGCAAGAAGUCAAUAUUAUGAGGUCGCUUUGGCAAUUCUUACCAACUUUGUUGAUGAUUGGUGGUUUAGUUUGGAUGACUCGAAGAUCUUCCGGUGGAGGCUCUGGUAUUGGUGGAGGAAUGUUUGGUGUUGGAAAAUCAAAAGCCAAGAAGUUCAAUUUAGAAACAGAUGUCAAGGUCAAUUUCAAAGAUGUUGCCGGUUGCGAUGAAGCAAAAGAGGAAAUUAUGGAAUUUGUUAAAUUCUUGAAAAAUCCAAAAAAGUAUGAGAAGUUGGGUGCAAAAAUUCCAAGAGGUGCAAUCCUAUCUGGUCCUCCGGGAACGGGUAAAACUCUUUUAGCAAAGGCUACUGCUGGUGAGGCUGGUGUCCCAUUUUAUUCUGUAUCAGGUUCUGAAUUUAUUGAGAUGUUUGUUGGUGUAGGUGCUUCUAGGGUACGUGAUUUAUUCAAGACUGCUAGAAAUAAUGCUCCAGCUAUUAUCUUUGUCGAUGAAAUUGAUGCUAUUGGUAAAGCAAGAAGCAAAAACAAUAUGUCUGGUGCCAAUGAUGAAAGAGAAACAACGCUUAAUCAGCUUUUGGUCGAAAUGGAUGGGUUUGAAACUUCUGACCAUGUUGUGGUCUUGGCAGGGACAAAUAGAUCUGAUGUUUUAGAUCCUGCUUUAUUGCGUCCAGGAAGAUUUGACAGACAUAUCACCAUAGAUAACCCUGAAUUGGAAGGUCGCAAGGACAUUUUCAAGGUCCAUUUGGCCAGAUUAAAACUUCAUGAUCAAAUUGAUGAUAUUAAUGGAAAAUUGGCUGCUUUGACUCCGGGUUUUUCUGGAGCUGAUAUCGCUAAUGUUUGUAAUGAAGCAGCAUUAAUUGCCGCCAGAUUCAAUUCAGAAGAUAUUCAAAUGAAGCAUUUUGAACAGGCCAUUGAAAGAGUUAUUGGUGGUAUUGAGAAGAAAUCGAAAUUAUUAUCCCCUGAAGAAAAGAAGAUUGUUGCUUACCACGAAGCCGGCCAUGCCAUUUGUGGGUGGUAUUUACAAUAUGCUGAUCCAUUGUUGAAAGUUAGUAUCAUCCCAAGAGGUCAAGGCGCUUUAGGUUAUGCUCAAUAUUUGCCGCCGGACAUUUACUUGAUGACAGUUCAGCAGUUGAGUGAUAGAAUGACCAUGUCCUUGGGAGGCAGAGUUUCUGAAGAGUUGCAUUUCAGUUCAGUGACAAGUGGUGCUUCUGAUGAUUUCAAAAAAGUUACAAGAAUGGCGAAUGCUAUGGUAACUAGCUUGGGUAUGAGCGAAAAGUUGGGUUACAUCAACUAUGAACGUAAAAGUGAUGAUGAUUUAACUAAACCUUUCUCCGAAUACACUGGGGAAUUGAUUGACCUGGAAGUCAGAAGAAUUAUUAAUGAAUCCUACUCUCGUUGCAAGAACUUGCUCACUGAAAAGUCGCAUGAAUUAGAAUUAGUGGCUCAGGAAUUGUUGCGUAAGGAAGUGAUUACCAGAGAAGAUAUGAUCAGAUUGUUGGGUAAACGUCCAUUCCCAGAACAGAAUGAUGCUUUUGACAAAUAUCUUGAUGAGCAGGAUGCCAAAAAGACCGACAAGCAACCUACAACAGACCAUUCUAAUUAA